AUGUCUGGAGACAACAUCUCACCGGCGCCUGCGGCGCACGCAGACGUCGAGAAGAACGUGGUGGAAAAUCUCGAGCACGUCGGCCCCCAGUCCCAGAUGCCACAGUUUCCCCAGAUGGAUCCGGCGCGGCGAGCUGCCGUCGAGAAGAAGCUGAAGCGCAAGCUCGACGCGCGCUGCGGCCUGUUUGUGCUCAUCUACAUCAUGAACUACCUCGACCGCAACAACAUUGCCUCGGCGCGGCUCAAGGGGCUCCAGGACGACCUCAAGCUCGACGACACCCAGUACGCCACGUGCCUGAGCAUCCUGUACGUGGGCUACAUCCUGAUGCAGGUGCCGUCCAACAUGUUCAUCAACCGCAUCCAGCGGCCGUCGUUGUACAUUGCCUGCGCCAUGCUGGUCUGGGGCCUCAUCUCGACGCUGUCGGGCAACGCCAAGGACUUCACGGGCAUGGUCAUUAUCCGCUUCUUCCUGGGCUUCAUCGAGGCCGCCUUCCUGCCCGGCGCGCUGCUGAUCCUGUCCAAGUGGUACACGCGCCGGGAGCUGACGACGCGCAACGCCGUCCUCUUCUGCGGCAACCUCAUCUCCAACGCCUUCUCCGCCCUCGUCGGCGCCGGCGUGCUGUCCAACAUGCAGGGCGUCCUGGGCCACGCCGCCUGGCGCUGGCUGUUUUGGAUCGAGGGCGCCGUCACCAUGUUUGUCGCCCUCCUGGCCGCCCUGAUCCUGCCCGACCUGCCGCACAACGCGCGCGGCUUCACCGAGGAGGAGAGGGCCGUCGCCCAGCUGCGCAUGAUUGAGGAUGUUGGCGAGGCCGACACCGACGCGGCCGACCAGGGCGCCUUUGACGGCCUCAUCAUGGCCUUGACCGACUACAAGAUUUACGUCAUGAUGCUCACCUUUACCGCCUAUGUCGUUGGCUUGUCCUUCAAUGCCUUUUUCCCUACCCUCACGGGAACUUUGGGCUUCGCAUACGUGCCUACCCUGCUCAUGAGCUCUCCCCCCUGGGCAUUCUCAUGCCUCAUCUCCAUCAUCAACGCCUGGCACGCCGACCGGACGCAAGAAAAGUUCUGGCACAUUGUCGGCCCCAUCAUCAUGGGCAUCGUCGGCUUCAUCAUCAGCAUGUCCACGCUCAACGUGGCCGCCCGCUACGUCGCCCUGUUCCUCCAGGCCGGCUCCUACGCCGGCUUCAUCGUCUUCUACUCGUGGAUCAGCUCCUCCUUCCCCCGGCCCCCGGCGAAGCGAGCCGUCGCCAUUGCCCUCAUCAACGCCUUCAGCCAGCUGGGCAACGUGGCCGGGUCGUACGUCUGGGCGCUCAAGGACAACGGGUACCGCAAGAGCUACGGCAUCGUGCUGUCCAUGUUUGGCGUCACUAUUGUCGGCUGCUGGAUCUUUAGAAUGAUGCUGAGCCGCCUCAACCAGAAGCUGGAGGACAAGGAGACGGCCGAGACGAGCCAGAGCGCCGGCAACAGGCCCGAGGGAGACGAGUACCUUGAGAACACGGACGAGUCUCUGCGCAUGCGCAAGGGCUUCAGGUACUUGGUGUAA